GAAAUAAAAAUGACGACUUCAUCUAUCAGGCGGCAGAUGAAGAACAUUGUGAACAAUUACUCAGAGGCUGAAAUAAAAGUACAGGAAGCCACUUCCAACGACCCAUGGGGCCCAUCUAGCUCCCUGAUGACGGAAAUCACAGAUCUGACCUACAAUGUGGUGGCCUUCUCAGAAAUUAUGAGCAUGGUAUGGAAGCGACUUAAUGACCAUGGCAAGAACUGGCGGCAUGUGUACAAGGCGCUCACACUGCUGGACUACCUAAUCAAGACAGGAUCUGAAAGAGUGGCUCAGCAGUGCCGUGAGAACAUCUUUGCCAUUCAGACCCUGAAGGACUUCCAGUACAUUGACCGAGAUGGCAAGGACCAGGGCAUCAAUGUGCGUGAGAAGUCCAAGCAGCUGGUGGCUCUCCUAAAGGACGAGGAACGGCUGAAGGCUGAGAGGGCCCAGGCUCUCAAAACAAAAGAGCGCAUGGCCCAGGUUGCCACAGGCAUGGGCAGCAACCAGAUCACCUUUGGCCGUGGCUCCAGCCAACCCAACCUUUCCACCAGUUACUCAGAGCAGAAGUAUGGCAAGGCCGGGGGCUCGCCAGCUUCCUACCAUGGCUCGCCCGAGACCUCACUGUGCCCUCAGCACCGCGCAGGCGCCCCACUGAGUCAGAGUGAGGAGCUGCAGCCGCUGAGCCAGCGCCACCCCUUCCUGCCGCACCUGGGGCUGGCCGCCCACCCAAAUGGGGACUGGUCCCAGCCCUGCCUCACUUGUGACCGUGCAGCCCGAGCUACUUCCCCACGAGUGUCCUCAGAGCUGGAGCAAGCUCGGCCCCAGACCAGUGGAGAAGAGGAGCUGCAGCUGCAGCUGGCACUGGCCAUGAGCAGAGAAGUGGCUGAGCAGGAAGAACGCCUCAGGCGGGGGGAUGACCUCAGAUUACAGAUGGCCCUCGAAGAAAGUCGAAGAGACACAGUUAAAGUUCCAAAAAAGAAAGAGCACGGUUCCCACCCACAGCAAACCACUCUGUUGGAUUUAAUGGAUGCUCUCCCCAACUUGGGUCCUGUGGCCCAGAAAGCAGAGCCUUGGGGCCCAUCACCCACGGCUAGCCAGACCAACCCCUGGGGCGGGCCGGUGGCCUCAGCAAGUACCUCGGAUCCUUGGCCAUCCUUCGGUGCCAAGCCAGCAGCAUCUGUCGAUCCAUGGGGAAUUCCCACUGGAGCCAGCGCGCACCCGAUCUCCAAGGGCUCAGACCCCUGGGCAGUUCCACAGCAGCCAACUCCAAGUGAUAGGGCAAGAUCCUCGGACACCUGGAGUGCAGCUUCAACCACCAAGCCUGUGUCCACCUCUGGGUCCUUUGAUCUCUUCAGUAAUCUGAAUGGUACAAACAAAGAUGACUUUUCUGAAUUUGACAGCCUUCGAACUUCUAAAACAACAGCUGAGUCUGUGGCCUGUCUGGCAUCCCCAAACAAUGGAACCACAAGCCCUGACCUCUUCAACUCUCAGCCCCUGAACACUGCUUCUAGCAAGUCCAGCAGUGCCCGGAAAACUCCUGAGUCCUUCCUAGGCCCCAAUGCGGCUUUGGUGAAUCUGGAUUCACUGGUGACCAAGCCCACUCCACCAGUACAGUCCCUCAAUCCCUUCCUGGCACCAGGUCCAGCUACAGCCUCAGCCUCCAUCAACCCCUUCCAGGUGAACCAGUCCCAACCACUAACACUGAAUCAGCUUCGGGGGAGCCCGGUCCCAGGGGGCAGCACAUCUUUUGGGCCCAGCCCAACUGUGGAGCCCCUGACAGUGACUUCCAUGGCUCUUGCGACUCCACACCCAGGUCUGGGCAGCAGUGGUUCCUCCUUGACGCCAUUGGGUCCUUCAGCAAUGAACGUGGUGGGCAAUGCAGGCAUCUCCUCGUCAACAGCUCCAGCCUCCAACACCACCAACCCUUUCCUCCUCUAG